AAGUUUUGACUUCUUGUCCAUCUUUACAAUUCAUAACUUUUACAUAUGAAUCAUUUGACCAUGCACAUGACUGGCUACUUUGGAAAGCUAUGAAAAUAUUGGAGAUAAGUACUAAAAAAUAUUGCCAAAAGAAAUGAAUAUAUAUUUCUAUGUACUGAAACGAGUUUAUGGAAGAAUAAUAUAUUUUCAAUCCAAUAAUAUUUCAAUUCCUAUUUUUCAUUAAUUAUGUAAUAGAUUUUAUGAGCUUAAAAAAGUAAUACCUGCAUGGAAAUUGACUAAAGUACAUGCUCGGAAUUCGGAUAAUCACCGUCUACCUAACCCCAUUUGUUUUCACCCUCUAUAUAAACUCUCUCUCUCUCUCUCAAUCUCAUCACUCAAAACAAUAAACCCUCUCUCUCUUUCUCUCUCUCUGCUCACUGUCCUUCUUGUCUGAAUCUGUAACAACAAUGUCUGAGAGACCAGGCCGUCACCAGAGAAGGCCUUCUCUGAGCGUUUUUCCGAACUCCCUCCUGGAUCUCACCGACAUAUCUGUCACAGCAAACCCUCCAUCCACCAUCCCUUCUCAGCUGCCGCGCCAUCAGAUGCCUCCGCCUACUCCAGCUGCUGCUCCUCCAGCAAACAGUGACAAGAAAGAUGACAAUGCUAGCAAGGAAGGGAACGCCUCUUCUAACUGAUUUCGUGUUUUCCUUUGCUUUUACUUAAAGUUUAAGCCUUCUAUCAUCGCAUAAACAUUUCCCUGUCUUCAUUCUAAUAUCGCAUAAUAAAUUAAUAAUCAGUCUUUUGUAAAAUGACUUAUAUGAUAAUGAAUCAAUCGUAAUUUCAUA